AUGGUGUUAAGGGCCAAGUAUUUUAAAAAUACUGAUGUGUUGAACUCAAAGCUGGGCUAUGGACCUUCUAUGAUCUGGAGAAGCAUAUGGGGAUCUAUGAAAUUGUUGAAGGAAGGGCUUGUAUGGAGAGUGGGUAAUGGUUUAAAUAUUAAAGUUUGGGGUGAUAAAUGGCUACCCAAUAAACCAUCUCAUCGAGUGCAGUCUCCCAUUAAAUUUCUGAAUGCUGAAGCAAAGGUGACAGAGUUGAUUGGGAAUGAUGGCAAGUGGAAUAGAGAGGUGGUGAAGGCUACUGUUAAUGAGGAGGAAGCUGAAGUCAUCUGCAACAUCCCUAUGAGCUAUUCUGGGUUGGAGGACAAAAGAAUAUGGGCUUACUCUAAGAAUGGGUAUUAUAGUGUAAGGAGUGCCUACCAUCUUGAUAUUAGUAGGAAGAAGGAUUCAAAAGGGGAGCCAUCUGAUGGGAGGAAGAUCAAAGAAGGGUGGAGAGAGUUGUGGCAACUUAAUACCUCGGGAGUGGUUAAAAAUUUCUUAUGGAAGGCUCUUAAUAACUGUCUUCCUACCAAUGAGAACCUAUACAGAAGAAAGGUGGUGAAGAAGCCAGUCUGUCCUAUUUGUUUAAGAGAAGAUGAAACUGUUUGCCAUGUCUUAUGGAGCUGUCCUGCAACAAUGGAUGUAUGGGCUGAGAAGGAGAGUCCAGUGCAGAAGUGGAAGUCAUCUGAGGUGGAUUUGGCUGAGGUGUGGAGGAAAUUAAUAGCUGAAUUGCCUCUGGAUAGUAUGGAGAUGGUAGUAUCUGUCAUGCGAUAUAUAUGGCUUAGAAGGAAUGGGUGGAUUUUUGAAAGGAAGUUUACUAGCCCUGGGAGUGUAUUGCAGCAAGCAAGAGCAAAUCUUAAUGAGUUCCAACAAGCACAACAGAAAGGGAUAGAGCGAAAUAAAACUGCUGCAGUGGAGAUGGGAAGCUCCAAAAGAAGGCUUUGUGAAGAACUCAACAUACAAAAGGCAGUGCUCGAGGGUGACUCUUUGGAGGUGAUUAAAGUUGUGAAUGAUAGAGAGGAGUGCUUGGAAUGGCAUGGACAGAUUAUAGAAGAUAUUAAAGGAAUUCUUUGUAUACAUCCAAAUUGGAUUCUUAAACAUACAUUUAGAGAAGGAAACAGAUUAGCUCACUUCCUUGGCCAGUUUGCUAUUAUGUUUAGUGAGGAGUUGGUAUGGAUAGAGGAUGGCCCUGAGGGGUUUUUUUCGAUUGUAUUACAGGACAAGAUUUGUAAUGAUACUAUUACUGAUAUAUGA